GUCCUGGUUCACGAAAUAUACAAAAUACCGUACACUGAAAUGGUACAUAUAUUAUGAUAAUCAUUAUCAUUUACAGGAAUGAACUACAAAGUUCCUCUCAUAAUCAUUCUAAUCUCCGCCUCCCUCUACUAUUUCUUCUCACCUGCCUCCCCACUCUCAGACAAACAACUCACAGAACAUCUUAAUGGUAAGGUAGUCCUCAUCUGUGGAGCUAGCAGUGGUAUAGGAGAGGAACUUGCUUACCAAUUAGCUGCCCAUGGAGCUAAACUCGUCCUGGUGGCUAGGCAUCAGGAUAAGUUGGACAAAGUUAGAACAGAAAUAAUAAAAAGAGGGGCCCCAGAUGAAGAUGUGAUAACUAUAUCUCUUGACUUCUCAGAUAUGUCUAAAAGCAAGGAAGUCGUGGACCAAACAUUGGAAAAGUUCGGAGGACUUGAUUACCUGGUCUCUAACCACGCUGCAAUAUUUACUGGUCCCUUUCUGGCUCUGCCUCAUCUUCAAGAUCCUGAGUACAUCGAGAAGAUAUUCAGAGUAAACUUGUUUAGUCAUAUCCAACUUGCUGUUCAUGCCCUCUCUCAUCUAGAAAAACGGAAUGGUCACAUGUACUUUACUUCUUCGUUAGCUGGAGAGAUACCAGCAUAUACAAGUAGUUUAUAUUGCUCAACAAAACAUGCAAUGAACGGGUUCUUCUACAGUCUUCAACAAGAACUACUUGCUAGAGAGUCUUCUGUGUCUCUAACAAUCGGCUCACUUGGUCUCAUUUUGACAAAGGAAAGAUCUGAGCUGUUACCAUACGGACAUCCCUAUCCGGUAUGGUCCAAAGGAAGUUUGGAGGAGUGCUCAAGAGGGAUUAUGGAGGCCUAUAUAACGAGACCCCAAACUCUGACAUAUCCCAGAAUCGCUGGUAUGAUUUAUAGGGCCAACUGGUAUUUUGACCCGCAUUUUCACGAGGGCAUAAUUCAAAGGUUCAAACCGAAGGGAACUAAGGGGAAAGGUUAUAAAGAAGUUGUGGAAAAGGGUACGAGCGUUGAUCAACGCAUAAAGAUGGGGUACCAACUGGGGUAUGGACCAGGAGAUAAAUAAAUAUUUUGCGAUUAUUAACUGUAACUACAAUUUAAAUCAAAUCUUUCAUUUUUUUACUUUUUAUUCUAUUGAAAUUUUUCUUCAAAAAUUGUGCAUUUAAUUAGAUUUGUUUGUUUUUUUUAAAAUGCUGUAAGUGGUCGUAAUUAUAAAUCGUUGAUCAUUGUUCAUUUUGAACCGUAGAGCUUCCUUGGGCCCUUUCAGGUCAAGGCUUAAUUGUAAAGCGCUAUUUUUAAUAAAAAAGAAUAAAUUAUUUUUUAAAGUUCACCUGGAGUAUUUAAAUUAACAAUAAUUGUGUUU